GGCUCCGGGUGCGGGGCCUCGGAGGACGGCUGCGGCGGAUGCGGGCCCCUUGCCAGGUGGUGCGAGCUCGAGGAGCCCGCGCCCCAGACGUUCACCACCAGCCAUGCGCCCAAGCGCUCCGGGCAGGCAGCCGUCAGGCUCGGAGCGAAGGAUCGGGUCGUGGCGGAGGUGGUCGGGAAGCCUGGCGGGAACGGCUCGGCCUCCGAGCUGCAGGGCAAGUUCAGCGGCGCCCUCGGGGCGGCCGCGCCGCAGACCGCUGGCGUGCGCGGGCUGGCCCGGGCCCAGGGGGCGUUCCUCUGCCUGCUGGGGCUCGCGCUCCUGGCGCUCGCGUCGCUGGCGUGGCUUCGGUGGAGGCGGCGCGGGGCGGUCGGGCUGGACGCGGGCCCGCCGCUGUCGGCGAUGCCGAUGGUUCAGGCGGAGGACUCCGAGCUCGAAUUCGCCUGA